AUGGUGAUCGAAGGUCCCUUGAAAGACAAGUUGGAGGCGUUGAAGUUCAAGCCGACCUCGCGACGAACAGGCAAGCCUUUGGUUGGCACGGCCGCUCCAGCAUCGGGCACCCAGCCGGCCGCAGCCCUCCCCACCUCGCCGACACGACCAGGUGGAGGAAGUCUUGCAGUUCAUGUCAGUGUGAGGUGCCGCCCGACCGUAUCCUCCAAGCAGACCGUUGACAUUAACUCCGAGUCACUUGGAGGUGACAAAGUUGCCUUGAAGCUGACGGUGCCCAAGUCAGGCAAUGAAGGAGAAGAUGACAAGACGCGGGUAGAUGCGCGGACAUACCGCUGCAACACCUACUACUGCCCCACAGCCUCCCACGAAGAAGUCGCCUCCACAACAGCAUCCCUUGUACAGCAUGCAAUGGAAGGUGGCAACGGGAGCAUUCUUUGCCAUGGUAUCACCGGAAGUGGCAAAACGCACACCAUGUGCGGAAGUUCAAGCUCUCCUGGCAUCGUACAAAGCGUGGGCAGGCGGAUGUUUGAACAUAUCCGAGAUCAGGUUGCUUCUGGUCGAGUCUACAUGGUAGAGGCCUCUCAUGUACAGAUCUUCUCACACGAUGGUUCCACGGAGCAGCUCAUAGACCUGCUCGCCGACGUUGAGAAGGACCUCGAGGUGAAGCAAGAUCCACGUAAUCCACUUUCAUACGUUUGUGCAGGCCUUCAACGUAUCCCCAUUAGGUCUCCCGACGACCUGCAGCAGGUGAUCAACAAAGGCAGGGCACGAAGCCAAGCGAAAGAGGAUGCAGGCAUCGCAGCUGCCCGGUCCCAUUGCAUGUUCAUCUUGACAGUGGAAAGUAUGUCGGAGCAGUCUGCAAACGGCGACUCGGGAGUCAGCAAGGGCAAGCUGGUCUUAGUUGACCUAGCCGGCUCUGAAAGUCUCCUAAAGACGAGCAGCUCAGAUGUUGCCAGACGUCAAGCGUUGGGUAUCAAUCGAACGCUGGCAUCUUUGAGCAUGGCUGUAAACAGCACCAGCGGAACCUCGGCGGUGAAGGGCUCUUUUUUGACCCAGCUGCUCCGAGACUGCAUGGGUGGCAGUUCACGAACCCUGGUGAUUGCAACCAUUGGCCUGGAGCUGGAGGAUAUGGAGGAGACAGUCAAGACGCUGACAUAUGCGCAGCAGAUGAUGACCAGCCUGACUGUUCGAACUUCCAACGCAGGUCUGAAUCGCAUAGAUCAAGAUCAGAGCUCUCUGAUGCAGAUGCGGGACAGACACAACGAGUGCAUCCGGAUGCUCAAGGAGAAGGUGAGCGAUUCCAGGGAGGAGGAGCAGGAGGAACGUCGAAGGCUGCAGCAUGAGAUGAAUGAGAUCAAUCAGCGCCUUCUGACCAAAGACUCAGCAGAGCAGACAUUGGAGGACAGACUUGAUUUGUGCUUCACAUCGAACGGAGUACAUUUGGACUGCGUCGCCUUGGGUCCUGUGCAGGAGAUGCGGCAGCAGCAGUUCAGCAAGAUGGACGCCAUGCGCUCCUUGGCGUUUGAAAAUUGGAUUGCUUGGCGAACGGAAAUCUCGGAAGCCAUGAACAACCAGAUGGAGCUUCUGAGAAAGCAGUCCCAAGUGGAGCUGGAAAGCUUGCGAGCAAGCGUGGAGAAGUCGCAGCAAGAAUCAGAACGUGUGCCUCUCGUCAUUGAGGCACACGAGGCAGCAGUCGUCAAAUUGCAGGCUACCCUGCAAGAUGCGCAACAAGCACGGAGAGCAGCUGAAGACGAGGCCUCAUCCCUGAAGGUGAAACUGGCGACGGCAGAAGAGCGAGCCAGCAUGCUCUCGACGAGACAGGAGGAGUUGCGCAAGGAGCGCGCCGAGUUCGAUGAGGAGAGGAAGCAGCUCAGGCAGCAAGGAGAGCAGCAAUGGCAACGGCUAGCAGUAGUCGAAGCCGAGCUCUCGAAGUUCAAGUCUGAAGCAGAGGUCCAGAAAAAAGAGAUCGAACGGUUAAAUGCAGCAAGAGCAGAGGAGAACGAAGGCAUCCGAAGCGAGCGGGAGUCUUGGAGAUGCAGGGAGCGCGACUUGCAGGCGGAGGUUGCCUCUUUCAGGAGCAAGCUCGAAGAGACCAAAAGAGAAGCAGAAGUACAGGAGCUCAAGGUCUCUAGAGACCAUGGGGACGCGCUGUCCAAGUGGUGCUCUCAGAGUAUUAUACGGGCACGUAACGGAUCAGGCGCCUAG